AAAGCUAUGUUCAAACAUAGAUGUACCUGAAGUAGUAUUUAUGGAUUGACGUAUUUGGAACAGUAUCGAUAAAAAUUAUCGUAUCAUAUCUAUAAACGUAAAAAUGAUAAAAUCCAAAAUAAAUUAUCAUGUACAAAAAUAUUUGUCUGCAUCUUACAUUUCAACAAUAGUCGAAGGUGAUAUAAAAAUGGUUAACGACUUCAAAGGUGAAACAGAAGGGAUUACUGAAACUCAAUUUGAAAUCUUAAGUGAAGUGCUAAAAAAACAAAAGUGUAACAAAGGGACAAUCUUAGUAGACAACGUUGGAAAGAUAGGAGACAAUUAUGGAUCACAUAUCAAAAGAUUUCAAGCAACUAUACAAAAUGGUAAGGAAUUUAAAAUGAUAGCUAAAAUUGCACCUAAAGUUAUGAUACUGCGUGAUGAGAAAAAUAUAAAUGAUAUAUUUAUGAACGAAAUUCUCGUAAUUAGAGAGUUACUACCUAAAUUUAGAGAACUACAAAAAGGUGUUAAUGUACCUGAAGACGAUAUUUUUAAAUACGCUUUUUGUUAUGGAACUUGUGAAACAGCUGGAAGUGAAAUGAUACUUCUAGAAGAUUUAGAUCAAUCAAAUUAUACGAUGCUAGAUAAAGCCAAGCCUUUAAAUAAUGAGCAUGUUGAAAUUAUUUUGAAGAACUUAGCCAAUUUUCAUUCUCUAUCAUAUGCUUUGAGGAACAAGGAACCCCAGACAUUUAAUAAAUUUACCGGCACAUUAGUAAAUGCAACUGUUAAUCCGAAAUCAAUUACUGAAACAGAAAAAUUCUUUGAGAAAACUUUAAAUGAUUUGCUAACAAUAUUUGAUGACGAUAAAUAUAGAAAGAUAAUAACAGACGUAAUGCAAAAUUUAAUUAAAUAUUGGUUGAAAUUUAUGACUAUAGAUUCUGAUUCAAAAUACAGCGUAAUUCAUCAUGGUGAUAUGUGGACAAACAACGUCAUGUUUCAAAUACAGAAUAAUCACCCACUUGAAUGUCUAUUUAUAGAUUACCAACUCUCUCGAGAUAGCCUCCCAGUUUCUGAUUUACAUUACUUCAUAUUUAGCUGCACUGACUAUGAAACUAGAUCGAAGCACUAUCAUGAAUGGAUGGAUUACUAUUAUUCGGAAUUAGAUAGAUAUUUGAAUUAUUAUGAUCUAAAAGCUGAUUGCAUUUAUCCCAGAGAUAACUUUGACGCUGAUUUAAAAAGAUACGGCAAACAUGGAUUGGGGAUAUCUUUCUUAAUGGUCAAUUUCUUGUUGGGACAAAAACAGAAAGCAAAUAUAACAGAAGUCAAAAGUAUGAACGGUGAACUUUUUGUAAAAGAAGAAAAAUUGUUGAACGAUAAUUUAGAGAUGGUAAAAGAUCGUGUGGAAGGUCUUAUCAAAACUUGUUAUGACUGUGGUUGUACAGCAGUUUGUAUAGAAAAUGUUGGAGAGAAAGGUGACAAUUACGGUUCUCAAGUCAAAAGGAUUAAAGUGCAGUUUGGAAAUGGUAAAGAGUUUAAAGUUAUAGCAAAAAUAUUGCCAAAUAAUAUGAAACAAAAUGAUAUAGUAAAUUCAAUAUUUAUGAAUGAAAUCAUUAUGUUUAAUGAAGUACUGCCUAAGUUUAGAGAGUUGCAAGAAAAUGUAGACAUUCCCGAAGAAGGUUUGUUCCAAUACCCUGUCUGUUACGGAGCUUUAAAAGAAAUAGAUAAUGAAAUAAUAUUGAUAGAAGACUUGGAAAUAUCUAAUUAUACAAUGUUGGAAAAGAUAAAUACAUUAAGCAAUGACACAAAUGGAUCACCAGUCAACUGCACAUUCAUCGAUUACCAAAUGUCUCGAGAACUUAUCCCAGUAGCCGAUAUCCAUUAUUUCAUAUUUAACUGUACAGAUUACAAAACAAGAUCCAAGCAUUACCACGAAUGGAUGGAUUACUAUCAUUCAGAACUUGAAAGAUAUUUGGAUUAUUUUAAUCUCAAAGUUAAAUAUAUUUAUCCUAGAGACAAAUUUGAUACUGAUUUAAAAAGAUAUAGUAAAGCUGCGUUGGGUUCCUCGUUUUUUGUAUUAAAUGUAUCGUUAAGAGAAUCACAGGAAGCACCGGAUUUAGUGAUGAAGGAAAACGUGGGAGGAAAUAAACAAACACCUCAAUUCCAAAUGAAAGCAGUACAAGAUAACAGUUUUGAAAUAAUCAAAGAUCGUGUAGAAGGUUUAAUUGAAAGCUGCUUUGAUUAUGGAUACAUAUCUGAGAUACAACCGUUCUUCUAAUAAAUUU